UACUUCAGAAUUUACCAUGAGAUCAAGAUAUCCCUGACAAUAACGUGUUUCCUACUCAAUCCAUGAUACCAAACUUCAGCUUUCUGCUUGCAAAAUAUGAAAUAUGUCAUCAAGCUUAGACUGAGGCUAUAGCAGAAUCACCAUUAGUGACAUAUUCCACUUACCUUCACACCAGCAUUAUCAGAACCUGGGGAAGCUUUCUGUCGCAGCAUCAUAUGAAGAAAAUGAGAAGAUAAGAAAUUGACCAAAUUGAGGGAUCAUUUAACAACAGGAAGAAAACUAAUAUCAACACUAUGUGUUAAUAGAACUGGAAAUACAAUGACACCAACAAUGCCCCCAAGUUUCACAGCAAAGUGAAACCUUGAAAAGUCAGCUUCCUCCAUGUCAAACUUGUUGAAUCAUAUGAAACAAAAACUCAAUUCUUGAACAUGAUAUAGAUACAAGCAAUUGUUCAAUCACAAAUGACAUAAACAAAGAGGCUCAAACAUAUCAACCGAAAGGAUCAUGCACAAUACAGAGUUACCAUGUCAAUAGAAAAACAGCAUACAACUAGAUGAUUAAAAGCAUCCUCCAUUGAUGCACCUAUUAACCCCCAAAGAAAAUGUUAAAGAAAACAGGAUAAAGUGAGCAAACAAAAGCUUCAAGGGCAGAACCUUGCGUCAGUCAUUACUUGAACCUUCGCACCACUGCCAUGCAGAUCAUUGAAGAAGAGUUUUGAAGAGGACGAACAUAUAUUCAUGAUUUAUCUUGCAAAAUCAAUUAGCGAAAAAGAGUUGAGCAAGGUGAAUCUCAGCAACAACAAAAAAAAAAGAAUAAACAUAUUAAUGGCAAUUCAAAUACCAGCCAAAGAUUCAGAUGCAUCUUCAAGAUGCUCUCCAUUGUUCAGGCUCCCAAACUUGUCUACAUACUCAGCAAUGGUUAGGGUGACAAAAAAACUUGUGAGGAUAAGGAUUUUUCCCUUCAGUCUUUUGUACUUCAAGAUACCUGAUUCAAUUCUCAAAUUAUUGCUACAAGAGAAGAUAAAUAAGUUCAGAAAAGGAGAUAAUAUACAAAAUAUGUGAGAGAACAUGUACUAGCAAAGCAAAGCCAAUAGCAUGGGGUCAAUAUCCCCUUCACCUUCCCCAACCUAUUGAAUCCAUGAGACCAUAUGAAUGGUCAGAUCUUCAAUUCAUCAAACACAGUAGAGUGAGAUAAGAACAUAAACACAAGUGCAUUGGAAUUUGCAGAAACUAAUAACGAUUACCAUUGGGGUAGGUUCCACUACUUUGACAUUUUUACUGCAGUAAUAUGGGCAAGAUAUCCCAUCUCAUCCUAUCAAACGCAGAAAUUAAUUGAAUAUGCCGCAUAACAAAUCAUUUGAACCCCAAAAAUCAUGUUAAAGAGUAAAGAAUCUCAUCACCCCUCCAAUAAAACCAGAGUAUGCAUGGCAACUAAAGCAGCACAAGAAGAGGGCAAUUCCUAUUCUUCUCUAGAGCUUAUUAACACAGUAAUUAUUACCAUGUCUUGGUUGAGGCCAGAAGUAUUCAAGAGCACAUCAUCAUCUCCCAAAAAGAAGCCAUUGAUCAAAUGACUCGUCUCCACCUUCAAGAAGAAACUCUACCUCCUCCGCUUUCAACGGUACCCAUGACUCGGCUCCUGGCAAGAGGAGCCAAACACCACGUCCACCCUCCCGACCGUCCUCUCUGCUGGCGCUGCUCCUACCACCAGUAUUUGUCAUCAUCGGCGGAGUCGGGAGAGGGAAAUGUUGGUGGUGAUGAUGAUCUGCAAGUGGAUAAGAGUGCGGAGCAGUUUAUAGGGAAGAUGAGGGCCAUGAACAUAGAGCGGAGCUAAGAGCUACAAACACUAAGAAAUUUGAUCUGUAACCUAACUAGCAUGGGCUCGCUAGCGCGAGGGAGGGACAAUGAAGCGAGGAAAGCAGAGAGCAAGCCAGGGAGGGAGACAAGGAAGAAUAUUAACUUUAGCCUGUCAACCUAAUCGAGCGACAUUGGACAAUCGCCUGUCAACCUAAUCGAGCGAGGAAGGUUGGAGAAUCGCCAGCCGGAGUGAGCGAGGAAGAUUGGAGAAUCGGGCAGGAGUGAGCAAGAAAGAUUGGAGAAUUGCCAGACGGAGUGAGCAAGGAAGAUUGGAGAACCGAUGGCCGGAGUAAGCGAGGGAGAUCGGAAUCGCCCUUCAAUCGGGAUGAGUGAGGAGGGAGAUCAAAAUCGGGAUUUUUUCCUUUGGAUAACUUUGGGUGUCAUUUUUUUAUAUUUUGAAUUGCUAAACAAAUAUUUCAGCUGGAGAAAUGUGUUAGUGUUGUGGUAUAUGAUCCACGAUUGAAACUCUCCCAACAACUCGAGUUAUUGGGAUCAAUUGAAUUUAGUAUCCAAGUAUGAACCUUGGCAUUGUUUUGGUUCCAACGAGCCAAAUCUUCAGCGGACGACGGAGGAACGGUGGGCUUGGCCGUUGUGCCGUCGAUCAUUCCCAGAAGGCCCUUCCCUUCCACGUACAUACGAAAUUGAAAUUCCCACAUAGCAUAAUUGCGCGAGGUAAGUCGAACAGCAAUAUGGUUGGACUCCAUGGACGUAAGCUCUGAUACCAUGUCAAGAACCAGUUGAUCCCAAUAACUCAAGUUGUUGGGAGAGUUUCAAUUGUUGAUCAUAUACCACAACACUAACAAAAUGGAGAAGCGGAUGAAAUUUGGUUGUCUAUAGCAAGGGUUUUUUAACCCUUGAACCAAAACGUUGGUACAAUAAAUUCUGUAAAAAGUA